AUGAUAAGCAAAAAUUAUUUUGUCUUCUUUUUCAUUUAUUCAAUAAGUUUCUUAUAUUUAAUACAAUGUCAAAUAACAAAUCAAUAUGAUCAAAUAAUAUCGAAUGAACCCGAUUAUAUUGAUGUAAAAUAUAUUCCAUCAAUACUUCAUAAUGAUAAAAUUUAUUUAACUAUUCUAUAUAAAUGUUCAUCAUUAACACAACGUCGUAUAUCAUUAUCUAUAUAUAUUGAAAGAACAUUAUAUCAUACAAAUGUUGCUGUUUUUCGUCGAUAUUGGUUUUGUCAUAAAUCAACUCAUGUUAAAAUUCGUUAUGUACGUGUACAUUUACAUCGUUCAAUAGCAUAUGCUUCGGAUUCUGCAUUAAAUUUACAAUCAUGGCCUAUUGAACAAGGUCGAUUAAAAAUAAUAAUGUAUAAAAAUAAACAAGAAAAUGAAAAUGAAAUUCUGAAAAAACUUGAAUAUAAUGUAAGAUUUUUACCAGUACAUCAACGACCAAGUUUUCGUUCAUUUCGAUGGAAUCCUUUUAUAAAUAAAACAAUUGAUGGUAUUUGUCAUAACGAACCCGAAGUAGUACGAAUCAUAAAUUAUCCAUUGGUACUUACAGGUAGUGUUUAUGGAAAAUAUUUCGUUCUUUCAACUUAUCAAGAUUAUAGUCUUCGGUUAGAACAACAAAUUCAAUUAAUACGACCAAAAUUUUCAAUCAUAUUUUGGUUAUAUAUUGAUGAAUAUUGUGCUAAUGAAUCAAUUACAAUUCAGUGUUCUAUUUUACAACAUUUAACGUUUAAUAAUACACAUUUAACUCCAGAAAUUUUUCUUAAUCGAGAAGGUCAAAUUGUAGUAAAUAUGUAUGGACAUAUAUAUGAUCUAAAAGGAACAGGAGCACGAACUCUUGCAUCAAUACCAAAAAAAGAUUGGUGUCGAAUAGCUUUUAUUGUUAAUGAAUAUAAUUGGAAUAUUUAUAUAAAUUGUCUUCAAACAUGGGAUAAACCUAUCAAAGCUAAUCAUAAUUCUCCUAUUUAUUAUCAUUUUAAUGAUGAAUUUGGAACAUUUAUCGUUGGUGGUAGUGAUAUUACGCCAUCAUUUCGAGGAUUUAUUAGUCAAAUGGAUAUAUAUCGACGAAUAGCGCUUACUUAUGACCAAUUACCAAAAAGACUCGAUAUAUCAUUUAUGCCAUAUUUACCAUCUAUAAUUCAAGAAUCAAGCGACUGUAAACGUCAUUUACAUUUAUUUAGACAAUGCCGCGAACAUAUUUUUUUAAUAUUACGUCUUUUAAAUCAAUUUUUAGUUACAUGUAAUGCUCAACCAUUUCCAUUGAAUAAAUCUAAUCGACAAUGUCUUCUUAUUCGUACAUGGAAACGACAAUUAUCGUUACCGGCAUUAUCUACGGAUAUUCGCUAUCGUGUUUUUCGAGCUUUACGACGACGAAAAAUGAAUUCUACACAGGAUGUAGCUAAUAAACUUUUUGAAUUAACACAAAAACUUCUUGUAAGUGGCAAUUUUUAUACUUAA